CUGUCCGUAACGUUCUGUCGAACUGUUAGUUGGUCGAGUGAACUGUCGUACUGUUCGAUCUAGAUCCUUCAAUUCCGAAAGAGAAGGCGACGAAUCUUUGUCUGAAGAGAUUUUCUUAUCAAGAAACGGUUUUGAGCCCAAUCUUCAAAAAAGAACCUAUAUCUGUUCUUUCGAUAGGAAAAAGUUAAAAAUCCCUGCAUCUAUAGGUAAAUGAAUAUAGCUAUCGUCGGCUGACGAGGCCGUUAAAAGUACUAUUCGAGCUGCUGGCGCGGAAACACAGCCCGUACCCGAUGAGUACUCGAUUGACAGGUGGCCACAUGGUGAAGCAGAGGAGGUUUAUCGGGAACACCAAUAACAAAAUGAUCAAUAUACGGGAACGUUUGUAGAUAACAUAGGGAGAUAAUUUUAAAUCUGAAUGUGGGACACGUUGUUGGCUCUCACUAUAGCUACAUGCAAAAGUGGAUUUUGUAUGCCCCGGGAUAAGUUGGGAAUUUUACAUAGUGACGAUUUCACAUAGAAACGCAAAGCGCGUUGAUACGUGUUUUAAAGAGAGUUUUACAGGUUCGACAACAACAGGAUAUAUAGUAAAAUAUUUCACUGACCCAAGGAGAUAAGCGCUGAUUCCACGCAUGUGAUCACACAUUUGUGAUUUGAUUUCAUUUUUCUAUUUUAUUCAGAUCUAUCUUUUUUAUGUUAUCGAUAUACACGAUUUUAGAUACCUUAAGAACUUUAUAAAGAGAAGAAGGUUUAAACCUGAAGCACAAUCUCUCUUGCGUAUUAUUCGUGCAGUAUUCAUUUCGUAAUUUUUACGAUAUUAGUGCACAGAAAAAACUGACGAGAAGAAAUUUGCUUAUCGCACAAACACGGUGAUCGAAUUGUGCGAGAACAUCAAAUGGUGUUUUAAUUCGGUUCUGAACAAUUUUUGAUUUUCGUGUGCCUAACCAGGCAGAGUUUCCUCAUAAUGAGUUUUUAAAUAACGAUGCGCGAUGACUCAACGAAUUUACCCGUUCUCCACGAACGCUCAUCAGGCGGGGAAGUCAAGGGAUAUUCAAAUGGAGACGCGAAAAAAUCACUUCCCCCACCAGGAAAAGAUCCUCUCGAGGUACACAGAGCAAGACAAGGAGAAGGAUAAAGAUGAAGCCGAGUAUAUGCUGCAGGAAAAUGGCAAAGCAAUGGAAUUCGUGCCACCGCAAACGAAAGAGGAGGAGAGCAAACCGAAACAGCCACCAUUACUGCCACCUGUGUCUUACUGCGAACUUUUCCGAUUUGCGACAUGGGGCGAGUUGAUGUUGGUCUUCAUAGGCUUGAUAUUGGGCACCAUAACAGGUCUGUGCAUUCCAGUGCUUACCAUUCAGUACGGUGAAUUCAGCACACUUUUGGUCGAUCGUAAUAAGAAGAACGAGACGAGCACACCGACCAUCAUAAUGGAAUUAUUCGGAGGCGGGAAAGUUUUACCCGCCAACGCGACCGAAGAAGAGAGAAUGGACGCUCUCUAUGACGACUCUGUAGCUUUCGGAAUUGCUUGCGCGGCUUUAUCGGCGGUACAAUUUGUUAUCGCCGCGAUUAUGGUCAAUUUGCUUAAUGUCGCAGCUGCGAAUCAAAUUUCCAGAGUGCGCAAGAUGUUUCUGAAAGCCGUUCUCAGACAAGACAUGUCGUGGUACGAUACAAACACGUCAACCAACUUCGCCAGCAGAAUCACCGAAGACUUGGACAAGAUGAAGGACGGGAUUGGGGAGAAACUCGGUAUCUUCACGUAUUUAAUGUCGUCGUUUUUCGCUUCCAUAAUCGUUUCAUUUAUAUAUGGUUGGAAAUUGACUCUGGUCGUGCUGAGCUGCGCGCCCUUCAUAGUCAUCGCGACGGCCGUAGUCGCCAAGGUGCAAAGUUCUCUCUCGGCCUUGGAACUCGCGGCUUACGGCCAGGCCGGCACCGUCGCCGAAGAAGUUUUCUCCGCAAUCCGAACCGUCGUGUCGUUCAACGGCGAGGAGAAAGAAGUGAAGAGAUACGCGGAAAAACUGAUACCGGCGGAGAAGACCGGUAUACGUCGAGGAUUUUGGUCGGGAGUCGGAGGCGGCGUAAUGUGGCUCAUCAUCUACCUCAGUUACGCUCUGGCGUUUUGGUACGGCGUGAAAUUAAUUCAGGACGACCGCAACGAGGAAGUGAAAGAGUACACGCCAGCGGUGCUUGUGAUUGUUUUUUUCGGAGUUUUAUCGGGCGCACAGAAUAUGGGCUUAACUUCGCCGCAUCUCGAAGCGUUCGCGGUUGCGAGAGGAUCGGCGGCGGCGAUCUUUCAAGUUCUCGAUCGGGUGCCGAAGAUCGACAGUUUCAGCAACGAGGGUCGACGUGAGGACACCGUCAAAGGCGACAUCGAGUUCAAGAACGUUCAGUUCCGAUACCCAGCCAGACCGGACGUUCAAGUUCUGCAAUGUCUGAACUUGAAGAUCAAUCGCGGGGAGACGGUGGCGCUUGUGGGCGGAUCCGGAUGCGGAAAAUCGACUUGCGUCCAGCUCAUUCAGAGACUCUACGAUCCAAUUGGCGGACAGGUUCUUUUGGAUGGAAUCGACAUUUCGACGUUGAACGUUCACUGGCUGCGCUCGCACAUCGGCGUGGUCGGUCAGGAGCCGGUGCUCUUUGACACAACGAUACGGGAGAACAUCCGCUACGGAAAUGACAACAUUACCGAGGAAGAGAUGAUCAAAGCCGCGAAGGAAGCGAAUGCUCACGACUUCAUCAGCAAACUGCCGGAGGGAUACGACAGUCCGGUGGGUGAAAGAGGUUCUCAAUUAUCGGGCGGUCAAAAACAAAGAAUCGCCAUCGCGCGCGCAUUGGCCAGAAAUCCGGCGAUUCUCUUGUUGGACGAGGCGACCUCAGCUUUGGAUGUUCACAGCGAAGCGACGGUGCAGAGAGCUCUCGACGUCGCGGCGAAGGGAAGAACAACGAUCAUAGUCAGCCAUAGACUUUCCACGAUUACAAAUGUCGACAGGAUUGUUUUUAUCAAAGACGGUGUCGUUGUCGAGCAAGGAAGCCACGAGGAAUUAAUGGCAAUGAAAAACCAUUAUUACGGAUUGCAUGCCGCUAACGAGAAUGCUCAAGUCACGGACAAACCCGUGAAACCCGCUAAAACCAUCGUGACAAGUCCGAAAAUGAAACCGAAGCCAUUGUUGACCAAACAGUUUUCAACACUGUCCGCGCAUUCUCAUCGACUCUCGCUCGCAAGAUCGGAAUCUUCGGAAGACGAAUUGGACGAGCACGAGAAACCUUACGACGCGCCUAUGACGAGAAUAUUUUCGCUCAACAAACCGGAAUGGCCGUACAACUUGAUUGGAUGUAUCGCAGCCGCGACAGUGGGCGCGUCCUUUCCAGCCUUCGCCGUGCUGUUCGGCGAGGUGUACAAAGUGCUGGGCUUAGAAGAUCCGGAGGAGAUCCAACAGAAAACCAUCGACUACUCGAUACUAUUCAUCGUCGUUGGUCUGGUCACGGGAAUUGGCACUUUUUUGCAAAUGUACAUGUUUGGUCUGGCCGGCGUGCGCAUGACCGCGCGAAUUAGAAAAAUAACUUUUACCGCGAUGGUGAAACAGGAAAUGGGUUGGUACGACGAGGACGCGAACAGCGUGGGCGCGCUCUGUGCCAGACUGUCUUCGGACGCUGGUGCAAUUCAGGGUGCCACCGGGACCCGCGUAGGAUCGAUGCUUCAGGCUUUCUCGACUCUCGUGAUCGGCAGUGGACUGUCGUUAUAUUACACGUGGAAGAUGGCAUUGGUCUCGCUAGUGUCCAUACCUCUGGUGCUUGGCGCGGUGUUCUUCGAGGCAAGAGUGAUAGGCGGGCAGAGUAUGCAGGAGAAGAAGAAGAUGGAACAGGCCACGCGAAUUGCCGUCGAGGCGAUCAGCAAUAUCCGCACGGUCGCCAGUCUCAACAAAGAGGAGCUCUUCUUCAACAAAUACUGCGUAGAGCUGGAUCAUGUCCUCAAAGCGACCAGAAAGAAGAACAAAUUGAGAGGUUUGGUAUUUGCGUGCGGGCAGACAACACCGUUCUUCGCAUACGCCAUAAGUUUGUACUACGGUGGAUAUCUCGUGGCUAGGGAAGGUCUGAGUUACGAGAAGGUCAUCAAAGUGUCCGAGGCGUUGAUCUUUGGCUCGUGGAUGCUCGGUCUGGCGUUGGCCUUCGCGCCCAAUUUCAACACGGCCAAGAUCUCGGCCGGCAGAAUAUUCAGACUGCUCGAUAGAGUGCCGCAAAUUAGCUCACCACCGGGAUCAGAAAACAAGGAUCUAGACUGGAAAGCGGAAGGCUUGAUCCAAUUCUCCAAGAUCGACUUUCAUUAUCCAACGCGACCGGAAAUGUCGGUGCUUAAAGGGCUGAAUCUAAUUGUCAAGCCGGGUCAGAUGGUAGCUCUUGUGGGCCAAAGCGGCUGUGGAAAAUCGACUUGCAUUCAACUGCUUCAGCGACUCUACGAUCCGCUUGCCGGCACCGUGACUCUGGACCGGCGUGAUAUUUCGUCCGUUUCGUUGAUUACGCUCCGAUCGCAGCUCGGCGUGGUGGGGCAGGAACCGGUGCUUUUUGAUAGAACGAUAGCGGAUAACAUUGCUUACGGCGAUAACAGCCGGCAGCCAUCGAUGGACGAAAUUAUCGACGCCGCCAAGAUGUCCAACAUCCACAGCUUUGUCACUUCGCUGCCACUGGGUUACGACACGAGGCUGGGCACAAAAGGCACGCAACUGAGCGGCGGCCAGAAACAACGCAUAGCCAUUGCGCGUGCGCUGUUAAGAAAUCCACGAAUUCUGCUGUUAGACGAAGCCACUUCAGCCCUCGACACUCAAAGUGAAAAAGUCGUACAAGCGGCCCUGGACAAAGCCAUGGAGGGCAGAACGUGUAUCACCAUAGCCCACCGACUGGCCACUAUAAAGAACGCCGACGUGAUCUGCGUGCUCGAUCGGGGCGCCGUGGCCGAGAUGGGUACUCACGACGACCUGAUGGAAGCCGGUGGCCUCUAUCAUCGUUUGGUCGCCCUUCAGGAAACAGCUAUGCAGUAGAAGAACAGAUUCUCGAGCAUCAGAUUCUCGAGUUUUCCGUCUUCGCAACUUGGCCGCAGAGAGAUAACUAAUUCCGAAGACGGUCGAGCACGGUGAGAAACGAAGGGGAGUCAAAUGCGUGAAGAAAAACGGAAUUUAAGUGGUCGCGCGAAACCAUCUCGCCGGAAAGACUCACCGCGCGACCACGUAACACCGAGAAACAUAAAUAUCGUUUAAAGAACGGAAGAGAAAUCUUUGUAUAGGAUCUUGUAGAUUUACUUCGACAAAACUUGAUUAUGUCGACUCGGCUUUGCGGGGUAAGCACGACGACGAAGUCAAUAGCGAAUUUGACCGAACACAAAAUCUCAGUUGGAAUUGAAAAACAAUUUAUUUCAACUUUAUAUC